AUGUCCAUAUCCAUGAAGGCCUUCUCCAGCCCUUUUGCGGCAGUGAUUCAGCCUUCCAACAACCUCCUGAUUCUGCUCGUCCUCACCGCAAUCUGCAUUGUGGUGCCGCUGGACCUGACCCAGCUCAUCUUCGCCUGCCUCGGAGCAUUCUGCUACUACGUGGUGCAAUUGCUCCAGCGAUCCGUGUCCGUGCCGGCCAGCUCGAAGAAGUUGAAGGCCUGCAACACCCCGGACUCCGACUGGCCCGGUGAACGUCCUCAGGCUCGGGAAGAGCAGCUUCGCAAGCCCAGGCGCCUCCCUACAACGCGGAGGCCUGGCACACACGUCGACGCACAGGCGCAGACGCCCGCCGUGCCUAUCGUGGCCCCCAAGUUUCAAGGACAGAGCCUCCAAGAGGAGGUCCAGGAGCUCGUGUCGCAGAUCAUGCCCACAGCGUCCAGCCAGCGUGGAGUGGACCGGCUUGCAGAGGCCAUUCGCGUGAUGCUCGCCAGCAGCCUUCCCGAGGUGGAAGUGGUGGGAUUUGCAAGCAGCGACCUCUCGCGGGGUCGCGCCAAUGGCGUGGCGGUGCCGGAUGUGGACAUUGUCAUCAACGUCCGCCCAGACCGCGUCUCGCCGAAAGUCGCGUCGCGCCCGGCCAAGGUCUCAUCCGACCCCCGCAUGCUGCAGAAGUGGGCGCUGCGCCACUGCGCGGAUCGGCUGGUGUCAGCGGGCGGCUUCAAGUUCCGACGCUCGGGCUUCCGCGGGAACGAGCCCAAGAUGACCCUGUUGGUGCCCAGUGAGCUCGGCAUCUUCAACCAGGCCGUGCCCAUCGACAUCGCCGUGAAUGCCGUCUCGCCGCUGCACAGCGCCGCCUUGCUCACAGAGUGCGGCAACAUUAACCCGCGCAGCAAGGAGCUGAUCUUGAUCAUCCGUCGUUGGGCAAAGGACCGCGGUGUGUGCCAUGCACCCAAGGGGCACUUGUCGCCCUACGUGUGGAGCCUGCUGGUGGUCUUCUACCUCCAGGUGGCCGAACGGCCCGAAGGGGCCCUCCUGCCGCCCAUGGAGGAGUUUGAGGCCAUCGCAAACCUCCUGCCCGACCGCCGUGUGAAGAAGACCUGGCAGAUGAAGGAUGAGAUGAAGGUCCCGGUGGCUCAACUGCUAUGUGGCUUCAUGCACUUCUACAAGAACUUCCCCUGGAAGCAGGCAAUCUCUGUGCUCAGGGGCACCUCGGGCCCGGCACCGGUCUCGCUGCCCAUCAACCUGAUCGAGCAUGACGAUGGGAAGACGGUGGAGUGCGGGCCCAACAUCGAAGAUCCUUUCGCGCCAAAGACCAACCUUGGAAGCGGCAUGACAUGGUGGAGCUUCCAGCGUCUGCGAGAGGAGCUGGCAAGGGCCACUCUUCUCCUGUCUGAGGACACGGCCUCCUUGUCCAAGCUGCUGGAGCCCUGGGCACCGGAGACGCCGGAGGUGCUUCUUCGGGCGGCCAAGAUCAUCGCCAACUCCUCGAUUCUGCAGGCGAAGCGCGCUGAGCUCGAAGAGUCCAACCAAGACCAGGUGGAGGAGUCCAAGCUCGAGCAUCUGGUCUCGCUGAUGCACUUCAGCCUCGUCGACCUGCCCGACGACUCGCGCCAGAGCUUCAAGUACAGCAGCAGCAUGCUCCGUGGCUGCACCCUGUAUCUGGUGCCCUUCAACGCGGGGAAUGUGGGCAUCUUCGACACGUACAGGAAGCAUUUUCGGACCGUGGCCCUGCCCUCCGGGCAGCAGGGGGAGUGGAAGUAUUCUGCAGGGGUCAUGAUGGACGAUGGAACUGCUUACUUUGUGCCGUAUGCUGCCAAUCAUAUUGGCGUUUUCGAUGUGCACAGCGAGGGUUUCAGAACCAUCGACAUCAGCUGGGCGACCUCCGCUGACUGCAAGUACAGCGGAGCCCUCUUUGCGGAGGGCCUUGCCUACUUCAUCCCCAGCUCGGCGAACAACGUAGGAACAGAGCAAGCCAUCGGUAACUCGCUUCGUAAAAUAGCAAGCCAUCGGUGUUUCGUUUCGGACUCCAAGCAAACAAUUCAAUCCAGAGUCAAUUCCCCUCAGAAGGCCGAGUUAAUUUCCCUCAGAGGACCUCAUGCAAACAAUUAA